GAAUAGUCGGGUGACACACUCAUUAAACUGCAGCAAUGAUCCGAAAUAAUGUUAAGUGAGAAGGUCGUUUGCCGGAUUUGGAGAUGAAUAAACAACGAUAAAGUAUAAAAUACUUUGGAUACGAUGUUUCAAUCGCAUCAUGGAAACGUAACUAUAACAGUAAUUCUAAAUGCGAAGGUCGCCAGCCGGAUUGGGAGAUGAAUAAACAAUGAAAUGCCAUGAGAAAGUAACUAUUGCAGCGCACCAGAUACAUGGUGCGUUUAAGAGUGGAGCUGCUGGUGAGGGGGAACUUUGAUUUGACGCAUCGUGCGGGGCUGUCAGAGCCGGAGUUGGGGAGAGGUAAACAAGAUGGCGACAACCUGAGCGGCGAGAGCAACACGAAGAGUCACAACAUGUAAUUGCUGUUCAGUUUGACCCGAGGAACGCGUUUGUUGCAACAAGGACAAUCGAAGAAAAGAACGUUUUGAUACACAGAAGCUGCUACGGACACGAGAAUUGCAAGGAUUCGGGGAGUCCAGGGCGGCGCAGGCAUGGAGGACACCUGAGGGGAGAGGAACGGCAUCGGAUGGCUCGCUUUGCCUCCAGAAGCUGGACUGACUUUUUAUUUACCUGCAUAUCUGAGCUUGGAUCCAGUCCAAAUACACACGCCUGUGUGUCCUGAGGCAGACUGCACCAUGCAGCAUGGACUUCUGAAAGAGCAGCUGUGCUUCAUGGCCCAGAACCGGGACCUAUAUCGUCAGGCCAAAGUCACUAAUUGCAAAUAACUUUAGCUUUGGUAAACCAGAAAACAAAAACACAACUAUGUUUGCUGUUGCACUAGUCAUUGCAAAAUGUGUCAUAUAAAGCACUGAUUCUUCUUCACUGGACCCAAGAGCUUUUCACCUUAGCUUGCACCUUUGAGCAACCAUGGUCUAAAUGUUUACAAAUCAGAGCUUCACCCAUUUUCCCUCUUCUUGUUCCCGGUAUUUUAAAUUCGUAUCAAUUCUCAGUGACCUUGGUGAACUCUUCUAAAGGCUCUGAGGUUUCCUGAGGAGUCCUGAAUCAUUGCUUAGUUUCUCUGCCUUGGACACCUAUGCUCCGACUGCGUUUCUGUCAGUCAUGAGUUCCGGCGAGAUCCAUCAACUGGACUAUCUUAAUGAAAAUGAACUAAUGGAGAUGGAUACGUUCAUUCACCGUAUUGACUCUACUGAGGUUAUAUACCAGCCCAGGAGGAAGAGGGCAAAGCUGAUAGGAAAGUACUUGAUGGGGGAUCUUCUUGGGGAAGGAUCGUAUGGCAAAGUAAAAGAGAUGCUGGACUCUGAGACUCUUUGCCGCAGGGCUGUUAAAAUACUAAAGAAGAAGAAGCUUCGGAGGAUUCCCAAUGGAGAGGCCAAUGUGAAAAAGGAGAUCCAGCUGCUCAGAAGACUCCAGCAUAAGAAUGUGAUUCAGUUGGUGGACGUUCUGUACAAUGAAGAGAAGCAGAAAAUGUAUAUGGUUAUGGAGUAUUGCGUUUGUGGGAUGCAAGAAAUGUUGGACAGCGUCCCUGAGAAAAGGUUUCCAGUAUUUCAGGCUCACGGGUACUUUUGCCAGCUCUUGGAUGGCCUCGAAUAUUUGCACAGCCAGGGAAUAGUUCACAAAGACAUCAAACCAGGAAACCUGCUGCUGACCACGGAUGGAGCACUUAAAAUUUCUGACCUUGGAGUAGCAGAGGCCCUUCACCCAUUUGCAGAGGACGACACGUGUCGCACCAGUCAGGGCUCGCCUGCCUUCCAGCCUCCCGAGAUCGCAAACGGACUGGACACCUUUUCAGGGUUUAAAGUGGACAUUUGGUCUGCGGGAGUCACGCUGUACAACAUCACGACGGGCCUGUAUCCGUUUGAAGGGGACAACAUCUAUAAGCUAUUUGAGAACAUUGGAAAAGGAGAAUACACUAUUCCUGAGGAGUGUGGACCACUCCUGUCAGACCUGCUGCAAGGAAUGCUGGAGUACGACCCUGCCAAGAGGUUUUCCAUACAAAACAUAAGGCAACACAACUGGGUAAGAAAGAAACAUCCUCCGUCGGAGAUCCCCGUGCCCAUCCCUCCCAGUGCGGAGAGCAGGGACCCCUGGAGGAGCAUGACGGUGGUGCCCUACCUGGAAGAUCUGCACGGCUACACCGAGGAGGAGGACGACGAGCUCUACGAUGCAGAGGAUGAGAUCAUAUACACUCAGGACUUCACUGUGCCAGGGCAAGUGGUGGAAGAAGAGGAGGAGCAGGACGACGUGGACCACAGUCCAGCUGUAGCCAAGCCCGUCUGCGUGAACGGCACAGAAGGCGGCUCUUUAAACAGCAAGGCCAAAGCCGAACGGCGGUCAUCCUCUUCGUCCAACCCCUCGCGCAAAGGCGUGUCCACGGCUAGCAAGAUCCGCAAGCUCUCCACCUGCAAACAACAGUGACCUCCCCGGCUUCUCAGCCCUCCCUCUGCAACACCUGGUUGAUCUGUCCACAUCCUCCUGUGUCUGGAGACGUCACAGCUGUGGGAGAAGCCUGCAACGCUGACCCCCCCACCCCCCCAACGCCCCACCUCGCACAUACAAGCCCCUCCUGAGUCCUGGCUUGAUGUGGCAUGAUAGAAGAUGAGGACAACAGCAUGAAAUGUUCUUUGCUCUGAGACUGGAUUGGCUGUUAGGAUGUUUUUUUUUUCCUUUUUCUCCCAGAUUAUGCCUUCUUCUACAUCUGUUGUCAUCCAGUCACGUCCUCUAGUCCCCUAGUCAUCCUCCUCUGCGAAGGACGAGUGCUGCACUGGACGUUAAAAACACUGACACCUCGGUUUAUUUACCUCCUUGAUCUUUUUACAGAACCUUAAUGACCGUUUUUAAGGCACAUUGUGGUGUUUCAAAAAAGAUUAAAGCAGAAAAAAGUCAUGAAUAAUUCUGUAUUUAAACUUGUGAUGAGCGCAAAUAUCUACUACCAUCGUGUUAAACCUGCAUGCUGUACAGAGCUGAAGAGGCCACGAGCUCGGCUUGUGGUGCGACCGACAGACUGAUCCACCUGUUGGGGAUUUUUAAUUUCCACUUAGGCUUAUUUUGUUUUCUUUUUUUUUUUCCAAUGGAUAUUUUUUAAUUGCAUUAUUUAUAUAAAAUAUGUCCCAAAGUGGCUGUGGAAUGCUCCUU